AUGCUUAUACCAUAUGUAGAGCAGAUUCAUUUAGGGGUUUUUAUUCCAAAUAGAAAGUUGCACACACAGCCAAUGAAGCAGCUUGAGAAAUACUUGAAGAGCAAAGGGUACACGCUGUACUACUUCGAGGAUGCGUACCGAGAGGAAAUAUCUGUGGAAAAUUGGCCUCAUGUGGAUAUAAUGAUCACAUUCUUUUCUGAGGGAAUUGAUUUUCUAAAGGUAAGAGAGUAUGCGCAGAUGCAUAGGCCCAUCGAGAUAAAUAAGAUAGACAAGCAGUUUCUGCUGCUGGAUAGAAGAGCCGUCAUGGCAGUGCUGGACAAAAUAGAGGUGCCGACUGCUAAAAGAAUAAUAUACAAUGGAAGAGGCAGAGAGAAAGAAACAUCAAAUAUCCUAAAUGACCUCACAGUAAGCUCACAAGAGAGGGGAAAGAGAGAUGCACCAAGUGAGUAUGAUUCUAUUGUUAACACGUCUAGUAUAAUGGAUGUGGUGGUUAAGGAUGGUGUGUUUGAUGCAUCGCCCGAAAUAAGCAGAAGAGCAGCGGAGGAGGACAAGGAGAGCGUGUACAGUGAUGCAGCAUGCUCAGAGAGAUCCUUUACGUCUAAAAAAAGUGCGGAGGCCGAGAUCGAUAGAAUUGUAAAAGUAGAGUUACAAAGGUUUAGCAUAAGCAGAGAAAGCCUGUUUAAACCCUCUAAGACGCGAGUUUGCAGUGGAGACACCCUACAAAUAGGGGACGAGGCAAUUGACAAGCCAUACGUGGAAAAGCCUGCGUAUAGCGAGGACCACAAUAUACACAUAUACUACAGUCAAAAUUGCAAAGAGAGACGGCAAGGCAUCUGCAGGCUGUUUCGGAAAAUAGGAUCAAAAAGCAGUAAUUAUGAUAAGAAUUCAGGCAAGAUAUCCUACCGAGAAGACGGCAGCUUCAUCUACGAAAAGUUUAUUGAAGUAAAGGGCUAUCUAGACAUAAAGACGUAUGUGCUUGGGAAAACUGUAUACGCAGAGACAAGAAAGUCUCCUGUGAAAGAUGGGAUAGUUAUUAGAACAGAGUCUGGAAAAGAAGAAAGAAAAGAGAUACAGCUAAGCAAAGAAGAAAUCAAUGCAGUGCAAAGUAUAAGCAAAUCAUUUGGGCAGUUCAUCUGCGGAAUGGACAUUCUAAGGGACGCAGAUGGAGGCUUUAUAGUUGUAGAUGUAAAUGGGUGGUCAUUUGUCAAGUCAAACCUGAAGUACUACACGCAGAAAAACCUAAAGUAUCUGGAUAAGAAAAUAAAGAAAGAGGUGCUUAGGAGCAGAGCCAAGCAGGGAGACAGCACAAGACGAAGGGAUGUUUCGCUAUACAAAGAGCUGGCAGAACUAAUCAUAAAAGAUGCACAGAAGGACGGCAAAUAUAAAGAAAAAGAAGAGCAAAAGACAGAUACAAAUGAGGUAGACAUGCGGAAGAUAGAGGUAAAAGGAAUCCACUCUGUCUACAGGCAUGCCAGAAGAACACCAAAGCUCAAGAAGAGGCUUGUGUUUGUGUCUGAGCUUCUAAUAGAGUACAUAGGCAGAGCGUGUAAUAUGGCAGGAAGAGACACUUCUAAGGUGAAGGAAAUAGAAGAACUUCUGGAUAGAGAGAAUAGAGAAAGAGAAGCCUUUCGAACACCCGAAAAUCUGCUAGCUCUAUCAUCUCUUAAGGAAAUUGCCCAGAUGAACACAAGCGUCCGCGUCAAGCUACAGCAAGAAGAAAGCUCAGUUAAGCUUAUUCUGAAGUGGGGAGGUCUGCUGACCAAAAAGUCAAAACAGGAAAUAGAGUACGAGGCAAUGGAGUAUGAGUCAUUUGUAUCUACUAUACAAGGAGACUCUUUCUCCCCGUAUGACCUAUAUUCGCCAACAAAGCCAACCUCUAACCUGAGAACAGAAAAGAAGAUCCGAAUAUUUGCAAACCCAGAGGACAGAACACAGAAAACAGCAGAGGUCUUUAGGUCUGUCUUUAAGUGGACAGGAAGAACAGACGCCCCAAUCAAGGAGAAGUAUUUUAGCAUUCUGAGAGAAACAGAGCCCAUACCAGAUAAACUAUGCUCAGACCUGGCGUGUGCAUACAUGAUGCUUAAGGAGUCUUUUCUAUACCAGGACUCAUCGAAGAGACUUUCAAUUGAGCCGGUUCUUAUUUUUGAUAAAGAACACAUCUGCAACGAUAGCACAGCAGAAAGAAAUGUUAUAUGCAUGAAUAAGAUAAGCAUAAAGAAGCAGCCUGUCGAGGAGGCAUCAAGCGAUUUGUGUUUAUGCAAGAAUCAUUCGCAGUGCGAGUGCAAAGAGACAGACUUUCUCAAGAGGUGGUGCUUUGCCUUCAAUGAAUAUCCUUUUUUAACCCAUAAGAAUGCUAAGACAGUCAUUCCCAUGCUACUGGACUUUAUUAACUAUGAUAUACUCUCCUGCCAGUAUGAGCACACUAUCUCGCCUGUUUUCAGAUACUUCAAGAAUGUUUUAGAGCUAUACCUUCUGCUAAAUGCGCAUGCAUGCUUUUUAUACAGAAAUAGAAUUGAAACAUUCUUUAAGACAAAUGAAAAGCUUGAUAUAAUCAAGUACAUGUACAGCCGGUUUGGCUCCCACUCUGAUACAGUCUAUAUUACAAAGAAAUUCACCAUUCUCUUGCUUUUGCAGUACAUCCUAAGCAUUAAGGACACAAUAUACAUAGAUGAAGAGCUGAAAAGCAGAAUAAAGAGCACUAUGCACGGGAUAGGCUUCUUGAGCUCGAUUGUUAUGGUCCAUCUGUGCUGCCAGGAAACAGAGUACAUUCUUGUUAAAUACAGCCCAGGAAUUCAUAUAGACAAUCGAAUAACCGAGAGCAAAAAAGACAACACACACGGUAAAGGGGCUGCGAUGGAGCAGAUUCUUAGAGCAGACAGAAAGAAGGUUCUAUGCAUAGUCAGAAAGAGUGUGUUUUUCCAUGGGUAUAUAUAA